AUGGUAGCGAGGGGCUGUGGGCGUGGGAACGGGGAGGAGGCUGUUGCCAUGGGAACAGAAGGGUGGUGUUGCCAUGGGACUGGGGGGCUGAGGGUGUGGGGACCGGGGGCUGCUGACGUGAAACGGCGGACAGUUGCCAUGGCGAUGCGAUGCUGUUGCUAUGGGAACGGGGUGCGUGUUGCCAUGGAAACGGGGUUCUCUCCCCACCUUCUCUCCCCAGCGAGCGCCAGCGACACCAGGGAGGUGAUCGGGGCCGUGGGCGGCUCUGUGACCUUCCGCAGCCACAACCCCGACAGGAACGUGGCCCUCUGGAGUUUUGGGGGCGAUCCCAUAGUGACUGUGGUGUUCAAGAGCCCUCCUCGACUCAUAUUUUUCGAGGACAAAUUCAAAGCCCGUUUCGCCGUCUGCGAGGACGGCCACGCGCUCAGCAUCCCCCAGCUGAGGAUGGAGGAUGCCGGGACCUACUCUGUGGCCAUUGGGGAUAAAAGAUCCACCUUCACCCUGCAGGUGUUCAGGAAGCUGGCAGAGCCCACGGUGACCUGCGAGGCCCAGAACUGCUCGGGUGGAAGCUGCAGCUCCUCCCUGCGCUGCUCCACGCCCGGCACCGGCUUUGGGAAUGUUUUCUACACCUGGAGGGUGGGAAAUCAGACGUGGGAUGGGAGCUCCAUGGUGCUGCAGGUGAAUGAAACAUCCCAGGAUGGGCUGGAGCCGGUGACGUGCACGGCACGGAACGCCGUCAGCAGCAGGAACGUCACCGUCACCAACCUCGGGGAGCUCUGCGCGGGUGAGAGCCGGGGACAGGUUGGGGAAAGGUGGGGUGGGCUGAUCCUGAUCCCUGAGAGCAGGAAAAGCUGGGAUUUGGGGUUGGGAUGGGCUGAUCCUGAUAGCCUGGGAGCAGGAAAAGCUGGGAUUUGGGGUUGGGAUGGGCUGAUCCUGAUAGCCUGGGAGCAGGAAAAGCUGGGAUUUGGGGGCCGCUCCCGGCCCCCCGUUAGUCCGUGCUGCCCCGGCUACCGCGGUUUCAGCCCCGGUUCCACUAUCAUGGCGGCCCCGUUCCCGCUCCCGCCCCUACGAGCAGCGUCACCCUCGCCAGGCGAUUACGUCCGCAAACGAACAACGAACAGCCAUGGUCGCCAUUACGGGGCAGCUCCGGCAAGCUCGGUUUCCCCGUACCGGCGCUCGGGCAGUGCCGCUCCGGCAGCCACGCCAGCCCAGCUUGCGAGCUGCACGCCGCGGCCCAGCCUCGCCCGUCGCUCGGCCACCAAGGCAGGACCCCUCCCGCAGCAGCCCCACGCCGCUCCUCCGGCAGAGCAGGCAGGUACGGGGGAGCGGUCGCGCUGA